UGCCCAGGUCAUGGUUUCUCAGUGUGUCUCUGUCGAAGGAUCGUACCACAGUGUGUUCUGCUGCUCUGACCCAGAGAGACCCCUGGCACUACUUCAUAGAAAGUUGAGGUGAGGAAGAUGAGGAUGAAGGCUGCUCUGGUCCUUCUCUGCAUGAUCUCGACGUGUGGAGGUCAGAAAUGGAAACAGGAAACCCCACGCUGGGAUCCUAAAGCAGAACACACCAACGGCAAAACUUGUUCCAACCUGACUCAGGUACUGGACAAUUGGAAAUUCGCUAUUCUAACCCAAGUGAAAGACCUGCUGAUCAAUGACCAUGCCUCUGUCCUUCCUGAAUACAACAGGAUCCAACCUCUGUCCGAUGCCCUGGGAGACCUCUACAAGCAGUUUAACGCUCUAAAAGACGAGCUGGGGACUCUCACUGCGAAGUUUGACGGAUUGGAGGCUUUUGUGGACGACCUUAAGGACGGCAGAUUUGCUCUGCCUCGGCGACCCUUACAGAGGAUUCCCCCCAGUGUUGGUCUCAGGUCUCCACUGCGAGCACAGAUGAGGGCUCCCGACAGGGGGAUUAUCACAAGGCCAGCGCUGGUCAGAGCGAGGAGGAGAGGGCCACAGAGACCUUAGACCUGCUGUUAUAAAUGCUGAUGUGUUGAACCAGAGUUGAUAUGUUUAUAUAUCUUUCAGAAGAAGAUGAUUAGCUUCUAUUAUUUUAUUGAUGAAUGUGAUGUGAGGGAAAGAUCACAUGAAUAAGAUUGACUUAGUGAUGCAUGGUGUAGAAAUCGCCUUAAAAUGUACUUAUCUUCACCUUUCUGUGUAAAGUCACUUUCAGCCACAAGGUGGCAGCAUUUAUCAAAUGAACUCGACUGUCGUCCUGCUGCUCUAUGUGUAACAGAGUUGUGAUAUAACAGUUGCAAUAUAAUACAGUUUUCUUUUCACAUUAA